AUGGCAGGAGGACGGCUUGACGUCACAAUUGGCCUUGGACCCCUCGAGGCAUAUUUUCACGCCUAUGCUGAUCUUUUGAUCAACUACAAGCCCUUUUACUUCACAGCUGAGGGUGGCCUAAGCGUGGGCGUGCGGUUUACCAUGAACCUUUGGAUUUGCACUGUUCACAUCAGUGUGGAAAUCGGUGCAACGCUGUAUCUUGCUGGGCCGCCGAUGGCUGGCCGUGUGCAUGUCAACUUCUGGCUGAUGGGAUUUGACGUGAACUUCGGACCCUCAUCAAACGCACUCACCGAAGUGUUGCACCUCGAUGAGUUUUACAAUCUGGUUUUGCAGUCAGACGUCCCACGGGGAAUCUGCCAAUCAUCAGCGAAUGAUACCAUGCAGCCUCAUACAUUCUCUUGCAACGAUGGUCUCAUCCCAUCGGGCAAUGAAAAGUCGGCCCCGAACUCGGAAUCCUGGGAUGUCCGUGGCCCUGUGUUCCGGUUCACCGUUGCAUCCAAGUUUGCGAUCAACCAAGCCGAUAUCGUGACCGUUGACGGUCCCUCAUCCACGACCGUCCAGGUGACAGCGCGUAACCAACAGAUUUACGCGAGACCAAUGAAAGCGAAAGACAUUUUGACCAGUCGUUUGAAGGUAUCAAUCCGACCUUGUCGGCCAGGGUCGAGUCCCAGCCCGCAAUGGACGAAAGUGAGCGUGGUUGACAGAUCGGUGCCAAUCGCUCUGUGGGGUAAAUGUAUAUAUCUCUCUCUCCCUCCCUUCCUUCUUCCCCCUACCUAA